CGAUCGACAGGCUCUCUCACCUCUCCUCGGAUCGAAUUUCCACCGGAGAAAAAGAAAAAAUCCCCCCCCCCCCAAAAAAAAAAAAAAAAAAGGUUAAAGACCCAUAUAAACUAUCCUUUCGAAUUAUCCAAAUCCACCAAAAAGUUUCUCUUUUUUUUUUUUUUGGUUGUUUUUAUUUCUUUUAUUUUUCUUUCUUCGUUUUCUUUCUUCUGCGAGGAUUCGAUACCAAGAGGCUUCGCUGUCGAUUGCGUUCGUCUGACCAAAAUUAGGGCUUUGUGGUAAUCAAUUUCCAUUCUUUUCGAUUUGGUUAUCUCUGAUUCUUCUAUCGAAUUUUUCAUAUAUUUUUUUUUUUUUGUUUUGGGUUCUUCGUAUACUGCUUCUUGAUCCUUUUUUUUUUUUUUUUUUGCAAACCCUAGUUUUGAUUUAGAUUAGGCCAAAGGGGGAAAAAAAUUUAAAGAGAAAAGAGGAAAAUUUAAUUCUUUGAUUCUUAUCUUGUUGAUAGAUUGGGUUAGGUUUUCGUGUCUUUCUUUCGCGUUCACAUUCUAGCUAUAACUUUAGGGUUGGGUUGGUUACAAGAAACUCAGUGAAAUUUUUGGUGCGUUGUUUUAGUUUGCCAUCUGAAAUUGAGGGUUUUCUUGUUUGAUCUUCAUCUUCUACAAAUUUGUUAUCUUUUAUCCCCGAUUGUCUUUCUUUCUUUCUUUCUUUGAUUGUUUUUUCCCUCCGUUUUUUUUUCCUUUUUCUCCUCCCCCUGUCUUUUAGGGGAAAAAAAAAAAAAAAAGAAAAAGAAAGAAGAGGGUUAAGAAACCUAGGAUAUUAGAUUUUUGCUGAGGAAGAUUUGGGUUGGAGUGUACAUAAAAAAAGAUGGCCUUGAAUUUUUCGCAUCGACCAAUAUUUCCAGCGCAUAUCUCCGAGGACAAUUUGGUCUCACCGAUUAGGAUGGCUAAUGGGUACCUGGUGGAGGGUAUUCCAGAGAAGAAUGGGGACGGGUUUGGUAAGCCAUGGCACUCCAACAGGGAUGUUGAGGAUCAUUUUGCUUAUGGAAGGGAUAGGUGUGAGAGGGGUGGUUCACAGGAAUCUGUCUCAAACGACAUUCUUGAUCUUCUGCCUUCGGAUCCGUUUGGAAUGGAUAUAAGCACCACUUUCACUGCAAUCACGAGUUGGCUUGGGGAUUUGGAACUGGAUUAUCGUGGGUAUGGAAAGGAUGAGGUUGGGGCGAGUGAUGAGAGUUAUCAGCUUUUUGCAGAAUGGAAUUUUUUUUUGAAUAACGCCAUGAGGUUCCAGGCGUUCCCUGUGAAUACCCGUGUUGAUCAUAAGUCUAAUAUGGCAUGUGGAUUUCGUGGGUGUUAUGAGGAGAAGGCUGGGGGUGAUGCAUCUGGCCAUGGUGGGUUUGGAUCGACUUGUGGUUUAAAUGACAUUCUGACCUUUGGCAAUGAAAGUAUGGGCAAAACAAUCCAGCAUGGUGAAGAGUUGGGGGAUGGUAAUGGAGUUUGUUCUGAUGGAGAUGGAGCUCCUAAUGGUGCUUUGCUUUUUGCACUUGGUUAUCUGGGUGUUCGGGAUCUUCUUCUUGUUGAAAGGGUUUGCAAAUCUCUACGUUCUACAGUUCGAAGUGACCCCCUCUUGUGGAGGAGUAUUCACAUAGAUCAACCGUUGAAUGAAAAGAUUACUGAUGACGUUCUUUUGCAAUUAGCUAAUAGGGCUCAAGGUAAUCUGCAAUGCUUGAGCCUGGUGGAGUGCCCUAGGAUAACUGAUGAUGGUGUGAAACGUGUGCUUGAAAGUAAUCCUAGGCUAACCAAGUUAAGUGUGCCUGGAUGUACAAGGCUCAGUAUUGAGGGCAUUGUGAGUAGUUUAAAGGCUUUCAAGUCUACGGGAGUACAAGGUGUGAAGCAGUUACGAAUUGGUGGGCUUUAUGGCGUGACAGAGAAGCAUUUUGAAGAGCUGAAGUUUUUGCUGGGGACUGAUAGUCAGACGCAGCAGAAUGACCGCAAGCCACAUAUUUAUCACAGAGGAAACUUCUAUCUAUCCUGUGAUGAUAAUCGUGACAUUGAUAUUGAAGUGUGCCCGAGAUGCCAGAACCUGAGGCUUGUUUAUGAUUGUCCUGCAGAGGCUUGUCAAGGGAAAAACCAUGCAACUCAAGUAUGCAGGGCAUGCACACUGUGCAUAGCACGGUGUGUUCAGUGUGGUAGGUGUAUUAAUGACAGUGAAUAUGAGGAGACAUUUUGUUUGGAAUUGCUUUGUUCGGAUUGUUGUAAGCAGCUACAGAAGUGCCAAGAGAAGCAGGAUAGGAAGGUUGAACCUGCCAAGUUUGCUGUUCACCAUGAACAGAACUACAGUACCUGUCUUCAUGGCUAGAGACUGAUAUUUGUGUAGGGCUUUCAGUCUCAUGUAUGGAAGGUAAAUAGUAUAAUUGGUUAUCCAGUCAUCUGUCAAGAGAAGCAAGGCGUACUGUAGGAUGAUGAUUAUUUUAUCUCAUUUCUAGCUUCCUAGUCAGCUGUGUUGGGUUCAGCAUGCUGGUGGAAUUUAACUUCUGUGCGCAGCAUUCAAUACUGUCGCCUUGUGGUGAAGGAGUGACAAAGAAAAAGCAAAAAAAAAAAAAAAAAAGAAAAAAAAAAGAAAAAAGAAAAAAGAAAAAAGAAAAAAGAAAAAAGAGCGGAAAAAAAGGAAAAAAAGAAGGGUAGAUGGUAAAGGAACUUACUUCCAGGUGAAUCUUGUGGUGAAGGAGUGCGAAAGGAGAAAAAAAAAAAAAAAAGACAAAAAAAAAAAAAAAAACCCAAAAACAAAAAACAAAAAACAAAAGAACAAAAAAAGUAGAUGGUAGAGGAUCUUACUUGCAGGUGGAUCUUUCCGUUUGUUCUGACACGAGUAGAAGUUUCAAGUUGUUUUCAGUUAGCCAUUGGUAGCACUUGAUUGGAUUGUAGUUUUUUGAGGAGCAAAUUGGAAAAGGUUACUUGUCUGUUGUACUACUGCUAUUUCGUGGUGUUCUUGUAUGCUUCCUCGUCAAAGAAGGCGCUCAUUUAUUUGCUUCCUGCAGAGUGGGCUAUAUAUCUUGAUCUUCCAAAUCACCUGAUGAUUUAUUGUGAUUGUUCUUCAUGCUGCAGCUGUUUAUGUGUUGGGGACUACUCUUGGAGCACCAUCUGCGAUACACUACUUAUGUGGACUGCAGAAUUUUACAUCCAUAUAAGUACAGUCCAAUUAUUAUACCUUUUUGAGUAAUGGUUUCAUUUUCCAUCUUCAAGUAAAAUAUUAACUUUGGCCUUCCACGGUGAUUAAUGCCAUUCAUUGUCACACUAUGGCCUCUGUAAGCUGUUCUUAUGUUCGAGGUGGACUUCUGUUGGCCCCCAGUCAGGGCGGUCAAAUUGUAUGCAUUAGCCUUUAAAGGAACAAAACUCUGCGUAGCUUUUUAGUUUUAGCUUUUAAGGGAACAAGACUCUGCUUAACUGUUUAGUUUUAUGGGUGCGUUGGGUGGUUGUACUGCUGUGCUAUGUGCAUCCCCUGAUAUAUAAGUGUACGUUAUAUAAAAUUUACUGGUUUUGUCCAUUAUGCUUUGGGCAAAGCUAGCGUUAAGUUUCUUC